UAGCACUGUUUGGUUGUCUUCUUUUGUUUAAUUUUUUUUUGUAUCCACUGUAACUUUAAAUUGUGAGUUUAAUAUUUUUCCUGUUUCAUUUGAUAAAGAUGGCUUUAUAUGUAUAAUUCGUAUUUGUAACUGUAUAAGGAUUUUAACGCGAAACAAAUAUGACAUCACGUAAGAAGGUUUUACUGAAAGUUAUCAUCUUGGGUGACAGUGGGGUGGGGAAGACAUCACUUAUGAACCAGUAUGUUAAUAGAAAAUUCAGCAACCAGUACAAGGCAACAAUAGGUGCAGAUUUCCUGACAAAAGAACUAAUGGUUGAAGACAGGCUUGUGACAAUGCAGAUCUGGGAUACAGCUGGACAAGAAAGGUUUCAAUCUUUAGGUGUUGCUUUCUACAGAGGAGCAGACUGUUGUGUGCUUGUCUUUGACGUGACUGCCCCGAAUUCGUUCAAGUCCUUAGAUUCUUGGAGGGAUGAAUUCCUUAUUCAAGCUUCACCCAGGAAUCCUGAGAAUUUCCCGUUUGUUGUUAUUGGAAAUAAAAUAGAUCUGGAAAACAGAACGGUGUCGACAAAGAGAGCCCAAGGAUGGUGUCAGACUAAAAACAACAUUCCUUAUUUUGAAACAAGUGCUAAGGAGGGCAACAACGUUGAACAAGCCUUUCAAACAGUUGCCAAGGAUGCACUUGGUCAGGAGUCACAAGUUGACCUUUAUAAUGAAUUUCCAGAUCAGAUUAAGUUGACCAGUCAACAGAAAACAACGUCAGAGGGAUGUGCUUGUUAAUUUUUUACCACGAAAAAAACAAAACAAAGCAUAUUACUUUUGGAAAAAAUACAAAUGUUUUAAGAUCUUUUUAAUAGGUUUAUGUCUACUGUGGACUUACAAAUAUAAAUGGAUGUGUGUUUAAGUUGUAUAAAGCAUAAUAUUGAAAUUCUAUAUGAAAGUAUUGAUAAAGAAGGAUUAGUCUGAAAAAUUUAGAAACUUGUAUACUUUGUUUGCAAUCUCACAUGUGACACAGUUCAGAUAUAAAGUUUUGCAGUACUUAGAAAAAACAAUUAUAAUUUUAAGUUGAAUAUUUGUUUGGGAAGAUGUAAAUAAAAUAAACAUGCGAGCGAAAGAAUAAAGAUAUUCAAAUUUAUAUAUUUUUCAGACAGAAAAAAUUUAUUACAAUUUAAAAACAGUUUAGUACUUUUGUGCUUCAAAUUUCCACAUAUCCAAAUCUGUACUCAUCAAUAUAUAUAAAUAUUUUACUAGUGUUGUAUUACUUGUAUAUUUGACUUAAAGUAAAAGACCAAAACAUUAGGAGUGAUUUUUCAAUGUUAAGUUUCAAAAUAUUAUGAUUAUUAAUACAAAAUGAAAUUGUUUGUAAACAAAUACCUCACGUACCAGUAAAUUUUCAGUAAUUAUUUUAGAAGUUAUUUUGAGUGAUUUUACACAGAAAACGAUGAAGUUUGACUGUUCUUUUUGUUUUAUAGUAAUCCAAGUGCCUAAGGUAUAUGAUUAACAUUUUUUAAAACAGUUGGCUAGCACUAGUAAUUCUAUGGUUUCUAACAAAGAAACCGAAACGGUAUAUAACUUCGGACACCAUUUCUUUUUACUGGUAGAGUGCAUUUUCAUAUUAUUUACUGUAGUAUUUCCAGCAAAUGUUUAAUGUAAUUCAUCCAUGAAAGUGUUAAUAGUAAAAGAAAUUUUGUUGCAUUAAAAAUAAGAAUUUUGAGUUAUGUACUUUUAUCAAUUGGAUUACAGCGUGAAUGUAACUUUUAUAAAACCCUAGAAUUGCAAGUGGGGUUAUAUUUACUGUAGCAGUUGUGGAGUGUUUCAAAUAUGUUGUUUAGUGUAAUGUUACGUACAGUUGUAUUUAAUAUUAUCUAUUUUAUAUAACUAAAUUAAAGUAAGUGGUUAUUUUUCUUUAAGUUAGAUAUUAAAAGUAAAGGUUUUUUUUCCACCAAUAAUGUGGAAUUAGUUUAUAAAUAAUAAAAUGUGUACACUAAAAACCAGGUUGCGCUGGGGUCAAAUAUUGUAUUCUUUGUUCCAAUAUUAGUGUGGAUUGCUUGGCUUCGAAAUAAUAUUUUGCUAAAUUUGUUAUAUAAAUAAAAAAAAAAACACAUUAGUUUUGGCAAACUUGCUUUGUGACUAUAAUGUUGCAUGGAAUUCCAUAUACAUGUUUAACCGCAUUGAAUAAUGUGAUAAUUUUAUAAGGAUUGAAAGUUUCAGGUUUAUUUUGAAGAUGAUCAGAAUACAUCUUGUGCAUUGUUUUUUGGAACUAAAUAAUUAUGGAAUUAUUCCAUAAGUUCCAGUAUAGAAUCGAAAGAUAAAAUACCCUGAAAUUGUCUGGCUGUAUAAUUGUUUUUGUCUGACAGAAUAAAAAUUUUUUUUUAAACAAAAUUAGCC